ACAGAGGUUGUAAUACAUGUAGUCAUAGUUAGCUUCGUCUAAGUUUUCUUUCUUUCUUUCCUUCCUUUCCUUAGCGCCAGACCGAGCUGAAGGUCCGUCAACUGUUUAUUGUGAACUACCACCUCAAGACUUCUUCACAUUUACGAUUCCAUUCUCCAUGAAAGGAUCAACAGAUGGACCGCCCAUUCCACUCCCAAAAAAGUAUGAAAAGGCGUUGAAAGAAAGAGAGAAAGCUAUCAACAACUGGUAUCAAAUGGUGAAAACAUCGUCGCUGUCGAAGCAGCAAAGAAGACAGCUCCAGAAAGAUGUACAAGAUAGAUUUCAGGUUAGGAAACAAAGGUUGUUUGCCAUUUACACAAAAAUUCCGCAAAUUUCGGACAGAAUGUAAGCGGUAAGACAAUUUCAGCUCGACCGACCGGAAAAAUUUCGAAAUAAACCGAAAUACAGUAAACACCCGCAUAUAAGAACACAUGGAUUAAGAACAUCAGGCUGAAAUUUGGUAAAUAAAGCACCACUUUUAUAAGAACAAUAUCAGCCUGGAAAAAAAAUAAUGUUCUUAUAAAAU